AUGAUACCUGUGAAGAGGCGUAGAGGCCGUCCAAGAAAGAAUGAAAUGACCAAGGUGGAUCCUAGCAUUGCCGCUGCUGCAAUCGCUUCUGCCGUUGAUCCAGCAGCUUCGAAGAGCAGACCAGCAAGAGGGCCCAAGAAGCUGGAAAGCGGUGAUGAUUAUGUCCAAGUAAAUGAGGAGGGCGACGAUGAAUAUAUACCGGCGUUUGAAGAUCUAGUAGUCGAGUUAGAUGAACCGGAAAUUGGCAACAAAGCGAGGAAGAGCCAAGGAUAUAAGCGUACGAAGACGAAUGGUUCACGGUCAAAUACUCCGAGCUCGACUCUUGAAGAAAAAGGACGUGUUGUUCGAGCUUUGAAGGAUCUGUCUUCUGCGAGAGAUAAAAUCGAACGAAUUUACGGACUGAAUAAGCAAAAACUUCUGAACUUGGCCAAGGUCAAGGAAGGAUUCGAGACCUGCGUCUUCUGCUUCCCGCCUGAAAACCUGCAAAGCGAUUCACCCUACUUUGUCGAUCUGGUACCGCCCUGUGCUUCGGCAGACGUCUACAAAGCACUUGUUGGCACGAACAGAACGAAAUGCCACCAUAUGGGCGAGUUGGAAAUGGCCCAGAUGUUCCAAAAGCGUUCCAAGCCGCUACAGGUUGUCAUUGGAGAAGCAGAAAUGUCGCUUGGCGUAGACGAUAAGGCAGACUUCCCGGUUUUUCAAAACGACAGAAGGACGGGCUUUUUGUAUAAUACUGGGGCCCUUAUAACUGAUAUUGCCUGGCUUAAACAGGAACAUGAAGAAUCGCAGUAUCUCGCAGUAUCCCUAUCUCAGUAUAUGGACAGGCCGUCGGACGAACACUUGAAAAUGUUCGAGACUGAAGGGAACGUCUCAUGCAUCGAAAUUUACAAGCUUCAUCCCCAUACAAUGGUUUUUACUAAAUUGCAGACGAUGAUACACACAUUCGGUGAAACCUGGAACUUGAAAUGGCAUGAAGGAUGCCAAAAUGAGUCGUCAAUCGGCUCGUUAAUAUUUGUCUGUCACGACGGUUCAGUGAAAAUGCUUGAAGUUGAACACACCCAAGAGUUCGCUGUCAAACUAAUUGAUCAACCAUCAUUGUGCAUCGAGCUGCCGAAAGUUGCCAUAACCUGCUACGAUUUUCUUUCGCCCACAACAAUAAUAUGCGGCUUCAAGAACGGAUACGUGGCCGAGUUUGAUCUUUCAGAUCCAACUACUCCCUCGUACUAUCGGAAAAUACACGAUUCCUAUGUUAUAUCAAUUGUAGUUGCAUAUUCCGAGUUCGAGAACCUUUUAGUCUCCACCGUGGCAGUUGAUGGCUAUUUCUAUGUGUUUGACCCAAAGGACAUCUUCACGAGUAAAACUACCAUAACACGUUUCCGAGGCACCAACAUCAUGCCGAUGGCCUAUAUCCCACAACUAUAUGCAAUUAUAAACAGCGAUGGCGCCAAUUCCCUGAAGACAGUGGUACCGCGCGCCGCCUUUGCGAUUCACUCGGUCUGCUCGCUAGAAAACUCCAUUGUAUCAAUAGGCACCUCUAGACUUCACCCGUUAUCUCUAUCUGGAAGCUCUGACGGUAGCGUCGUCAUUGAUAAUGUUGCGAGGAGACUCUUGACUGGUAUCAAGAACAGCGCCCACACUCAUACUUCACUGAGACUUUGGAAAUGGGAGUACAGCGAGUUAGAAGAAAAGUAUAGGCUAAACCAUGCAUAUGAAACAUUCAAGUUGAGCGUGAACGAAGUCAUUGCACUACGAAUAGACCCUCAUGGGGUGAACAUAUCCUGCGUUAAAUGGUGUGAGAGCACGUCGAGCGGUCAAUUUUAUGCGUUUGCUAAUAAUGCAGGCAUUCUGACGGUAGAAAAGCUAGGGACGUAA